CAGCAAAGGGAGGCCCUGCAACAUAGAUCACAACCUGAGAGGUGAAACUGCUGCACGUUCUCACAGAAAGAGCAGGGGAACCUUUUGGAGACAUCUGACAGAGCCACAGAAGUCCUGCUGUUUCCAUUUCUCCAACCACUGGACUGAUUCUCAGAUCUUGGAUAGAGGAGACUGACGCAUGGCGGUGUGGGAUCUGUCAGUCACGGUGGAGGACCUGGGGCUCGAUGCCCCCCCUGUCACCAUCAGUGUAACCUCGGACCUUCAUAUUGGAGGAGUUAUUCUCAAACUGGUAGAAAAAACACAGAUCAAGCGUGAUUGGUCAGACCAUGCACUGUGGUGGGACCAGAAGCAGAUCUGGCUGCUGCGAACAGCCUGGACUCUGGAGAAAUAUGGGAUCCACGCUGACGCCCGGCUGGUUUUCAUCCCUCAGCACAAACCCCUGAGGCUGGGUCUGCCCAAUGGGACCACGGUGAGGCUGAAGGCCUGCUUCUCCAACCCCGUCUUCCAGACCGUGAUGGGCAUCUGCAGGAUCCUUAACAUCCGUCACCCUGAGGAGCUCUCCCUCCUUCGCCCCGUGGAGGAGAAGAAGAAGAAAAAGGAUAAAGAUUUGAUGGAGGAGAUCUACGACCUGACCGAGGUGCCCCUUUCCUCGGUGUCCCAGCCCUGCAUUUACAACGGCAUGCCGGCUCACUUUGCUGACUCAGACAAAAUGGAGGCCAUCUACAAGAUGCUGUCCUUAGCUCAGCCUCCUCCCGCCCCCGAGGUCAUCGCCAAACAGUAUCGCCCAGCCAGCGUGGUGGACAAGGCUCACAUCAACGGCAGGUGGUUGGACUCUUCACGUUGUCUCAUGCAACAGGGCAUCCAAGAAAACGACCGACUCUGGCUUCGUUUCAAGUAUUAUUCCUUCUAUGAGCUAGAUCCCAAGUAUGAUAUGGUGCGUCUGACCCAGAUUUAUGAGCAGGCCCGCUGGGCCAUCCUGCUGGAGGACAUCGACUGCACAGAGGAGGAGAUGAUGCUGUUUGGAGCUCUGCAGUACCACAUCAGUAAGGUGUCGCAGUCAGAGCCCCAGUCUCUGAGCGCCAGCGCCGCCAUGGAUGACCUGGACUCUGCCCUGCAGUCUCUGGAGGUCAAGAUGGAAGGAGAGAGCAGCUCCGCGACCGAGCUACUGGAACAUAUGACUGCUCCAGAGCUUAACGAAUACCUGAAGUUAUUCAGGCCUAAGAGACUCACUCUGAAGGGAUACAAGCAGUAUUGGUUCAAGUUUCAGGACACCUCCAUCUCUUAUUUUAAGAGCAAAGAGGAGAGCAUCGGGGAGCCCAUUCAACAGAUUAACCUGAAAGGAUGUGAGGUAGCUCCAGACGUCAACGUGGCAGCUCAGAAGUUCCUCAUCAGGCUGCUGAUACCAGCACCUGAAGGCAUGAACGAGGUCUACCUGCGCUGUGAAAAGGAGCAGCAGUACGCUCAGUGGAUGGCUGCAUGCCGGCUGGCCUCCAAAGGCAAGAGUCUCGCAGACAGCAGCUUCCAGAGCGAGGUCCAGAGCAUCCGCUCAUUCCUGAAAAUGCAGAAGACCAACUCCGGAUCCAAUGCAGCCGCCAACGACGAAAGCAUCAACACUCACAGUCUGGUGUCACCACGCUACCAUAAAAAGUACAAGCCCAAACAGCUGACCCCUCGAAUCCUGGACGCGUACCAGAACGUGGCUCAGCUUUCAAUGACGGACGCACUGAUGCGUUUCCUGCAGAUCUGGCAGGCCCUGCCCGAUUUUGGACUCUCAUACGUUGUUGUCAGGUUUAAAGGCAGUCGAAAAGACGAGGUACUGGGCAUAGCCCCCAACCGGCUGAUCCGGAUCGACCUGGGAGUGGGUGACGUGGUGAAGACCUGGCGCUACAACAACAUGAAGCAGUGGAACGUCAACUGGGACAUACGACAGGUGGCCAUAGAGUUCGAAGGGAACGUGAACAUUGCCUUUAGCUGUGUGACUGCAGACUGUAAAAUUGUUCACGAGUUUAUCGGAGGCUACAUUUUCAUGUCGACACGCAGCCGUGAGAAGAGCGACACAAUCAAUGAAGAGCUCUUCCAUAAGCUGACCGGAGGCCAUGAAGCUCUCUGAGACUGAAACACACAUUAUUCUUUCUUUUUCUUUUUUUUUCCUUCAAAGAUCCACUCAUGACAGAAGACCUCCAUCCGGGCAGCCAGAAUAAACCGUAACAGUAAAGAUUAAAAUCUAAUACUCUGUUUGUUGCAGAUAUGUUCCUUGUCAGUUUAUGAUUUUCUCACCAAGCAAAGUUUAUUAUAAGCUACAUCAAUGAAUGCCACGUUAACACAUUCUCAUGUUGAUUCCCUUCCUGAAGGACUUCUGCUGAGCGAAACUGUGGAUCAGCAGGGCUCAGCAGUCAAACUUAUAGGACUACCAAAUAAUCACAGCAAGACACUUUUUGUUUGUAAUUAGCUUUGCUUUGUCCCUACUGGCAGACUCGUUGCCAAAACGACAAACUGAAGAAGCUACAGUAUAUUAUCACAGAUGAAAAAAUUAAAGUGUAAAACUGAUAAUAAAAAUUAAACACACCAAUUCAAAA